ACGAACACCUCUUGCCCAGCUGCUGCGGUGCAGGGGGGCAAAGAUGAUUAAGUACCUGCUCUUCAAGCCCUUGGGGCCCGAGGAUCUGCCAACCCUCAAGGAGCUCACCACCAGCGAAAUCUGCAAAGUCUGGGCUGGCGCAUCUAGGUACAUCCGGAGACAGCUCUUGCAGAAGAGGGCGGUGGAGAUCGGCGUUGGGACAUUUGCGCUCGUCCCAGCGCGUGCCACGGUGGGAGAGGACAAGGCUUUGCCCGUUGAGAGACCCGUGUUCCGGCCGUGCAGGCUUCUGAAGAAAUUCUACAAGCUCAAGUGUGCAAAGACCAAAAUUCCUGACGAGACGCCGUUCGUUCAGCUGGACUUCGAGCAGAUUGCCGCCGAGAUCCACUUCCGCCGAGAAAUCGUGGAGCGGUGCAUACACGAGACCCUGCUUUUCUUCGCUGGGGCCCUCCGAGACAACAAGGAGGUGGAAUUCUCCUUCAAGGGCAUCGGCAUCCUCGCCGUGCGAAGAAAAGUGGUCAGCAUGACCUUCUUGGACGACUGCCUGCUGGAGCUGGAUGGCACGGGCAACAUGCUGGCAGCUCUUCUCGGGGACUCCAAGAUGAUGCGCACCGUGGCCUUCGCGGGCAAAAACGAUUUUAGUCGGCUCAGUCGAGACGAGGUCAUCACGCUGCCAAGGCUUGCAGUUGAGACCCCCCACCAGCCGUCGGCCCCUGCGAUUUCUCUGAAGCCCAGGAGAGAGCCGGCGCCUUGGGGCGGGGGUGCCCGCAGAGUGAGCGUGCUGGACCCGGUGUUCCUGGCUCAGCGGAGGGUUUCUCUAGCCAGGCAGCGGGCGAAGGAAGGCGAGCGGGCGACAGCCACGGAAGCUGGCCAGGCCAGGCCCCGGAGACGUUGUCCUGCCGGACACGCGGUCCUCCUGCCGAACCGCCUGGCGGUGCCGGAGCCGGAGCCGGAGCCGGGCGGCAGGCUGCGAGCCCGUCCCGGAGCAAGCGGCUCAGACUGGGCUCCCGCGAGCUCAGCCUGCCGUGCCUCUUCAGAGUCCUGCCAGUAA